AUGCGUCCAACAUCGGCCCGUCUCUUUCAGUGCUUCCGGGCACUGCAACAUGAAAAUCCAUUAGGUCUCCCUCGAUCAGGAACGCCGCCAACCUGGGGUAAACGCCCGGUCCGUCGCAAAAUCACAGGUGUCGAGAAAGUCAUUGCAGUAUCCUCAGCCAAAGGUGGUGUAGGCAAAAGCACAGUUGCAGCAAAUUUGUCUCUGGCUUUCGCUCGUCUUGGCUUUCGUGCUGGAAUCCUAGACACUGAUAUCUUUGGUCCAUCUAUUCCAACCUUGUUUGACCUCGCAGGAGAACCGAGGUUAUCAAAUAAUAACCAGCUCAUCCCUCUCACAAACUAUGGCGUCAAGACCAUGUCCAUGGGCUAUCUAGUUGGCGAGAAUACACCAGUAGUUUGGCGAGGUCCCAUGGUGAUGAAAGCUAUUCAGCAGCUUCUACAUGAGGUAGAAUGGGGCGGUCUGGAUGUUCUUGUCCUAGACCUUCCUCCAGGUACAGGAGAUACACAGUUGACCAUCACACAGCAGGUCAUUUUAGAUGGCUCUGUCAUCGUCACGACUCCUCAUACUCUUGCCACCAAAGAUGCUGCCAAAGGUAUCAACAUGUUCAAAACAGUUGAUGUCAAUAUCCUGGGCCUGGUACAGAACAUGUCAUUGUUCACAUGCCCUCAUUGUCAUGGAGAAACCAACAUCUUUGGUUCCAAUGCAAGGGUCGAAAAGUUAUGCCAAGAGCAUCAGAUCGACUUUUUAGGCGAUAUCCCAUUACAUCCCAAUAUUGGAGAUGAUGGGGACAGAGGAAAGCCCACAGUAGUUGCAGAACCUACGAGUGAGAGGGCUAGUGCCUUUUUGAAGAUAGCACAAGAUAUCUGUCCCAAGAUCGAUCUUAGCGGUAAAUAG